CGGUACGGUUUCCUUUACCAUGGUACAAGCUGUGGUUUGACGCAAUGGACACCGUGGUGUGGCAACCUUACCGUGAGAGAGCACUUCAUCUCAGAGGUAGUGAUACAGUCUGAGACAUUUCGAGCAGUAGUGCCACUUAUCUGCUUUUCAUCAGUAAUGUGGCAUCAUCCAGACCGCGUGCUACGACAGUUUGGCAUGAGGCAGCAUGAGCCUCAUCAGCCACAUCGUGAGAGUGAGGUUAGGUUUUUUCUUCGCCAGGCUACUCGUGGGCCAUCGCGUGGGCAGCAGUUGGUACACGCCUCCAGAGAGUCGCUUGAUUUUUGGAACCGUCGACACGAGUUUGUAGCGACAUCUUCAUACACUGAUGAGGAGUUAGCCUACCACUCGAAGCAUAUGGAGUGGUAUAGAGAUGUCACCAGACGUUCCGACACACGGAGAGGAGCUGUAGCGGAGGCAUUGUACGACACUAUCGAGCAUGCUGAGGUGAGUUUGCGUGACGGUGGGAGGGCUGGAGGGCUGACCCCUGACCAGUGUGAGGACUUGGCCAACUUUAUGGCAUCCGGGAUUGCUACUCUAGGGUUUGAGCAGCGUAGAUACCCUAAUCUCACAGUACCUGUACAGCCCCAUUAUGCGGAGCCUGUCAUGACUGCCUGGCCAGAGCGUACUGAUCCGACACCGGACUGG